GCACGGCACGGCACGGCUCGGCUCGGCUCGGCUCGGCUCGGCUCGGCCCGGCCCGGCCCGGCCCAGCCCGGCUAUGACCUCCCGCAGGUGGUUUCAUCCCAACAUCAGUGGAAUCGAGGCAGAGAAGCUGCUCCUGACCCGAGGGGUCCAUGGCAGCUUUCUGGCUCGGCCCAGUAAAAGCAACCCGGGAGAUUUCACUCUCUCUGUCAGGAGAAACGAUGAGGUGACACACAUUAAGAUCCAGAACACUGGGGAUUACUAUGACCUGUAUGGAGGGGAGAAGUUUGCCACCCUUGCAGAGCUGGUGCAGUACUACACAGAGCAGCAGGGGCUGCUGAGGGAGAAGAACAGCAAUAUCAUUGAGCUGAAAUACCCUCUGAACUGCCAGGACCCCACCUCAGAGAGGUGGUACCAUGGGCAUCUCACUGGCAAGGAGGCAGAAAAGCUCCUGACAGAGAAGGGGAAACCAGGUAGCUUUCUGGUGCGGGAGAGUCAGAGCAAACCAGGAGACUUUGUAUUAUCAGUGCUGACAAAUGAGGACAAGAUGGACACUGGGGACCGGAAACCACACGUGACCCACGUGAUGAUCCACUACCAGCCAGAUGGGAAGUAUGAUGUGGGGGGAGGAGAGAGGUUUGACACGCUCACAGACCUAGUGGAGCACUACAAGAAAAACCCAAUGGUGGAGAAAUCUGGAGCUGUGGUUCAUCUGAAACAGCCAUUCAAUGCCACACGCAUUAAUGCAGCCAAUAUUGAAAACAGAGUGAAGGAGCUGAACAAAAUGGCAGAUCACAGUGAGAAGGCCAAACAAGGAUUCUGGGAAGAGUUUGAGAUGCUCCAGCAGCAAGAGUGCAAGCUCCUCUACCCCAGGAAGGAAGGACAGCGGCCAGAGAACAAGGCAAAGAAUCGCUACAAGAACAUCCUUCCCUUUGAUACCACACGGGUGGCACUCCGAGAUGUAGAUGAAAGCGUGCCUGGGUCAGACUACAUCAAUGCCAACUAUAUCAAGGGCAUCCCUGAAGAUGGCAGGAACUCGGAGCACUGCAAGAUCUAUAUAGCUACCCAGGGCUGCCUGCAGACAACAGUGAAUGAUUUCUGGGCCAUGGUGUAUCAGGAGAACAGUCAUGUCAUUGUCAUGACAACCAAGGAAGUGGAGCGGGGCAGGAACAAAUGUUUCCGUUACUGGCCUGACAAGAACAGCACCAAGGAGUAUGGGUGCAUUUGUGUGCGAAACGUGAGCGAGCGUGAGGCCCAGGGCUACUACCUUCGGGAGCUGGAGAUCUUGCGGACAGAUAGGGAUGAGCAUCCCAGACUGGUGAAGCACUAUCAGUAUUUUAGCUGGCCAGACCAUGGGGUGCCCAAUGAACCAGGAGGGGUUUUGAGUUUUCUGGACCAAGUGAAUCGGGCACAGCGAAGCAUUCCAGACACAGGGCCGAUCAUAGUGCACUGCAGUGCUGGAAUAGGACGCACAGGCACCAUCAUAGUGAUAGAUAUUCUGGUGGAUAUUAUACAUAGGCAAGGUUUAGACUGUGAUAUCGAUAUCCCAAAAACUAUCCAGAUGGUACGCAGGCAGCGUUCUGGCAUGGUGCAGACAGAGGCACAGUACAAGUUUGUUUACAUGGCAGUUCAGCAGUACAUCGAGGCUGAGCAGAAAAGGUUGGAAGAAGAACAGAGGAACAAAAGGAAAGAGCGAGACUACUUGAACAUCGGAUAUUCUCCUGUGGAAAAAGGCAGAGCCAAAGGGCAGCCCCCUUCACCAAGGGCCCAGUCUGUAGUUGAUGAUGAGUCAGCUUCCGUGUACGAGAACCUUAACAUCAAAAGCCCAAAGGUUUCAGGGAUGAGUAACACAGGGCGAUAAAGGAGCCGGAGGUGAGCUGUGUGGAGCCUGUACAGGAUUUACAGUGUUUACGUCUACCCUUUCCAAGUUCUGCCACUGUGGACAAAUAUUUCCUUGCCCUGUCUUGCCUUCUCAAAGCACCUUGGAUUCAGUGAGGAAGUAAGAAGCUGACUGCACCUGAACAAAGCAGAGCCUACGCCUUAAAAACGUGCCUCACUCCAACUUAUUUGUGAGACAGAACCUAUCCUGUUCUCCCCUGUUCUCCCCUGUAUUAGUAGGUUGAUAUUUAUGUGGAAGUGCCUCUGGACACUCAUAGGGCAUCAAGACUCAAUUUUAUUAUUAUUUUUUUUUAAUUUAAGAUUCUUAUUUUUUACAUCAAAUUGUUAAAAGGAAUGGAAAUUAUUAUUUGCUUAGAAGUGUUCCCAGGGUUGCCCACUUAGGGCAUUAGUAAAGCGUUAGUACACUUUAAUGCUUUCUUUAGGUCAAUCAUUUCUAAGCUAGAAGUAUUUUUAGACUAAAUCAUAGAGUAAUUUUGCUGCCAGUGAAAGUGAGAAAUAGAGAGUAUUGCCUGGACCCAGGUAUUUGCACCUCUGAUUCUGCUCUCCUCAUGCUUUGUUUUGGCUGUACCAGCUCUAGCUUUCUAUGCAACUCUUCCAAAGCACACAAGCAACCCCUGUGCUGCAGUACAGCAGAUGCGUGUGCAUGUGCCUGAGAGUCUGCUAGCUGUUCUGCACGUUGGUUUCAUAGCAGAAUUGGGAGACAGAGGUGAACAGAUGUUAAGUCUGAAUGUUUAGGUGGGUCUGAAAUCCUGCUUAGCUGGCUAGUGCCUGAAGAACAGGAAAGCAGCUUUGAGCAUACGCUGUGCUUAGCCAUGUCUAGCAAGUAAUACACCUUAGGAUACUAGAUUGAGAUGAAGUUUUUGAGCUGGGCCCCUCUGAGUUUGCAACUUUGUUAUUGCCUUGCUGCACGACCUUUUUUUUUUCCCUGCAACUGUAUGAGAAGGCAAGUACUGAGUCUGCUAAGCAGGGAUGCUGUAAGAACACUCAUGAUUUGACCAGUGCCGUGAAGAUUGAAUGUGUUACUGAGUGGAGUAUUCCACUUCUGUUAAUAAUCCUUGACUUCUGAAUACUAGUGCUUCCUGCUAUUCUAGCCUCCAGGCCUGCAAAUGACUCUGCCAAAGAACCCCCUUUCUGCGGGAUUCACUGGUUUCUGAAAGUGCUCUCUUGGGUCUGAGUGCUAGUGUCUGUACCUACAGAGCAUGUGGGGGGGCUCGUGUUAAAGUCAUUCUGGGUCUCUGGAAGUGAACGGUCUGCUGCCCCUCUGCGUGGUCAGGGGCAUUAGUGCCCAGAGUGCCAGCUUCCAGAGCGCUGAGCAGGAGGCAUAGAUCAAAAAGCACAAUGAUGUACCUUGGCUGUAUUUCCUGGCUGGCAUCCCAGUCAUUUGUCACAGGGACAGGAAACUGUUUAUUUUUAUUGCACUUUUAAUAAAUAUUGAGUAUUCUCAAGGCUUUUUACUUUAUUUUUAAGUAGUUUGCUCUUUGAGAAAGUGACUGACUGACAGCUGAUGUGGAUAAUGGGGCAUCCUGAAUGUCUCCCAUCCCAAAUACAACUGUUCAAGGCCCUGCUUUCAUUUACUUUGAAUUUUCCUUUUGACUAUGCACAAGUGAGAGGUUCAGUGUGAUAAUUAAACCCUCAACCUCUGUUUUCAAGUAUACAGAGUAAGAAGGGGGAGUGCAGAGGGACAACCCCCCAUGAGAGUGCUUUGAUAGACUCCUAGCAACAGCCCUUCUUCCCCUUAAUUAUUACCAUAUACAUGUUAGCUUUUUAUAAGGCUGUCGCACUGAAGAUAUAGAGAAACUUAUGUCCCUCUCCCCUACCCUUAAAUCUUACCAGUAGGAGUUGAAGGGGUAACCAAGAUGUAUACGACAAAGCACUUCAACUCUACUAGGGUCAAUUUGCUGAGCUUAGUCUUAAAUGCACCUGCUGUAAAAUGGAAGUGCCUUCUCUGCCUGAAGCCUUGGUGAGUCACUUAUGCCAAGAACAUACUUCAGUUGGUGCUGUGCAGAUAUUCUGUGUAGUAGCAAGCACUUGGGAAUGGACAGGGCAACACAAGUGAGAAUCACUGUCACGGUCAAUGACUUUGCUGGAAGUUGCUAUGGUGGCUGGAGCAGUUUCUGCAGGCAUGUGGCUGACACAAAUAAUACCUGCCUGCAGCUGAAUAUCAAAGAUGUUGCAGAUACAGCACAUGCACAGAAGCUUUCCACAGAAGUUUUGCAUAGCAACAAAUUUGCUGAAAAGUGAGUGACACUGGAAGCAUUUUUCAGCUAGCUAGGAAAAGUGAAAAUGUGCAGUCUUUGUGGCUUCUCAUUUUUCAGGUCAGAUCAGGUAAACACAGGGGAAAGUUGCACCUGGGACAAUAUAGCCUAGAUGAUAGUAAGUCCAAACUCACAGCCCAGAACUCUCCGCUUGUGAAGGUUUAUACAAUACUGGGACAGCUGAUAUACAAGACCAGAGUGCACACCUGCCACCUGCUGUAGCUGCCAUGAUCUAGGAAGGCAGCUGGACUCAGGACUGCUAGCUGAAUGCUUCCAACAGCAAGUAAGAGGAAAAACAAAGUAAUUUCUACAAAUUGACACCUUGCAUUAUAUAAAAUGUAAUUUAAUAAAUACAGGUAAAAUAUUUGCAUACAAUACUGUCUUAAAUCCAUGUGUUAGAAUAAACAAGAUACAAUAAUUGUAAGCCUUCUUGUUCAUGGAGAUGUUUGUUUAAUCACUGCCAGAAAGUCACUGCAUUAAAUAAAAAUAUAGUGUAAGCAA